AUGACGACGGCGGUAGGACAAGCUGCGAAUAAGGCCCUGUUAGGGUCGAACCGACCGAUUCUGAGGCGAAUCAAGGGACUUCUCUCCCGCGGCGUCGGCGAAGAGCAACCUCCUCUUUACAUCUACGAGCGUUCCCGUGAGAUCUUUUCACAAAAUCUUUUUGCAGCUUUUCGUUCAAUUAAUCAGUCACUCAUCUGCUUUCAUUGCGGUCAUUAGUAGAACCGUCUAAGUCGUAGAAAGUCAUUUUUGUGUCCACAUCGCCCCCACGAGCAACUGUGUAGUUUACCUGUGGAAAUGUUUUUCUCCUUGUCUCUAAAAACCCUUUUUUAUCUUGAGUUAUCCUCAUUGAUGAAUUCUGCCGUUUAAUAUCUGCUUUUAUCUGUUUUGAAUUUCAUUUUUUCACAUAGACACUGCAAAAUUUUAUAAGUUUAAUCGCUGACUAGAAAUCUUGCUUCGGUUUUCGAUCUCUUAAAAAAAUUUCAAACUGGUUUCGACUGCGCUAUGAUCCACUAACCGGUCACCAGGAUAUUAAAUAAUUUUUCUUAUUUUCAAAAAUCUUUUCGAUUGGAACUGACGCGCCUUUUCUCGUUUUUGUUUCAAACCCUACAAAAAUCAAACUAAACUUUUGGAUUGCAUGUGAACUAUUCGCGGACCCGAAGAAGCCUGUGGCUCUCAUUUUCGGAUAUGGAAGCUGUCCGAGGAAGAUCAACGAGAAGUACACGGAAGUCUACAGAAAACAUGAGUAUGUUGACGAUAGAGUAAAUUAAGUAGAAGAUUGAAACUUCCUCUCAACCUAUGAAUUUCGGCUUUUUGAAGAAAUUGGUUGGUUUCGCGAAAAAAGAGAAAGUUUCGAUGAAUAAAGGCAAGUCAUAGCCAUGAAAAUGAAGAAAUAAUUUGAUAAUAUGCUUUUCAUGAGGCUUUUUUUUUCAUGGAUCUCCGAAUCGAGCUCUGCUCUGAGUUACAAUACAUAAAUAAAUUCAAACAGUUCUCGAAUAAUUUAUUCAGUCUGCCGGGAGUGAGCAUCACGAGCGAAUUCUUCGACGAAACGAUCCCGCCUCCGCGAGUCCUCACCAACAUCGCUCCGAUAAUGCGCAAAAUGACGGAAGAAGAGCUGCGCGACCUGCCGCCAGAGUACGCAACGCUUCACGAACGGAAGAUCAUCAUCCACGCCAAUUCGAUGAAUGGCGCCAAAGCUGUGGGCGCCUUCUACAACUACGCGAUGAAGAACAACAUCAACAUCAAGGACCGCGUCUUGGGCCUCACUUUUGACAGGUUCGUCCGUAGGCCUCGCCAACCGAAGCUUGUUAAGAGAUCAUGGUGGAGCUUCUGAAUCAGAUUUUAAUCAUUAUGUUACACCGAUUCUGAAUCGAAACUUGAAAAUCGCUGCAAGGCCUUGGGAAAAACUGUUUCUCCCCAAAUUUAGAACCAUUAGAAACCAGUGUGAAAGACUAACUAUCAACUAUCCAGUAGUCCAACUCUGAGCUGACGUGAUAGCCUGAUGAGAACUCGAUUUCAGUACGCCUUCUACAUUACCGAUGCUGUGGAACGUCUGGGGCCAGCUCCUGACCGUGAAGAAGGACAUUUGCGACAUUCCUCGACCUUUGCGCUACCCUUUUCUUUUCCCUCGCGGCUUCUACCAUUGCACCCUUGUCAGUUCAACCAUUCGGAUACAAAACUCUGAGAUUUUCAGCGUGAAUUCUAUCGCAAAUUUAUGCCGGAAAAAUUGAAGCACCACAACUUGUUCGAUUUUUUGAACGAAGUUUGCCCAUUACCCAAAAACCAGCUUUUCAUUUAUUCUCUGGUACGCAAAAAAGUUUUGAAAAUCCAUGAUAUCUCUUUUUCAGGAUGACGAGGUUGUGAGGUACGAAUGCAUCGAAAAAUUUAUCGAGUACCAAAGGAAAGUCGGCAACGACGUCGAGACACUCAUGUCAGUUAGAACUCAGCCGAAUCUCGAGAAAAAAAAAGUUUCCAGGUUCCCGCAGUCGCCGCACGUCCGCCAUCUGGAGGCGAAGCGGAAAAAAUACGAGAAGACUAUGGCGAAGUUCGUCAAAAAGUGUUUGGCCGCAGCAUAA